GUGACGUUGUGUCAAGAGCCGUGAUGUCUGUUCGUAAAUCGGGGCGACGCCUGGGAAUACUAGACCAGAGAGGGAUUUAAUUCGCGAAGGCACACGCCCAUACUCCGGUACUAGUAUCCUUGCUCAAACACUCGUUCAUGUCGCACAGAAUCCUCCUGACCGGAGCAUCGGGCUACCUCGGCGGUACACUGCUGGCUCGCUGGAAGACGGCCAAUCUGCCGCCGCAUGAGAAAUUGUAUGCCCUCGUGCGGACAGAUGAUCAAGGCAAGGCGGUCAAGUCAUAUGGAGCUGAGCCCUUGAGCUUCGAUGUCAAGGAUGAAGCGUCAACGCGCGAAGCUAUUGUUGAAAACAAGAUCAACGUCGUGUUCUUCCUGAUUGAUGCGAUGAAUUCGGACUCGCAAGUGCUUUUGAUCAAGGCCCUUGCCGAGGUGAAGAAGCUUACAGGCCUAGAGGUCCAUUUUCUGCAUACCAGUGGCGCCAAAAUAUUCUCGAGCCAUGCUGGCGCACCUACAGACAGGCCGCUUUUCGACGAUGAGCCGGGGCUUUACGAAAUUCAGAAGUCUCAAAGAUCUGAAAUUCCUCUUCUGCAAUCGGCUGUUGAAACCAAUAACACGGUGAUUGAGCAGGCCGAGUCCUUAGGAGUGCGCAGCUAUAUCUUUGUGCCUUGCAUUGUUUAUGGAAAGGGCGAAGGCUUCGGGAACCCUAUCUCGAUUCAGACCGUGGCUAUUGUAAAGGCUGCAAAAGCAGUGGGACGUGUCCACAGCGUAGACUUCGGUCGACCGACCUGGCCUGUGUGCCAUGUUCUUGACAACACGAAACUCUACUUGGACCUACUCCGGCAGAUAUUCUCAGAUAAGAGUCCAGGUUGUGGUAAGAAUGGGUAUUACUUGGCUUCGCCGGGCAGUGUUGCUUGGGAAGAUUUAUAUGCUGGGAUCGCUAAGGCUUUGGCCAAAAGAGGGGUCAUCUCUGAUGCAACAGUCGAGCCAGCUUCGGACAAAGCUAUGAGCGACAUGGGUGAGGCACUGGGUUGCCCCAAAGAACUUGUCCCUCUGCAGCUUGGGGGUUUAUGUACAUUCACAGCUCGUCAUGGCGAAAAGGCCGGGUGGCAACCAGAAUAUCCGCCGAGCCAUAUACUCGAUGCUGCCGACGAAGAGACGGCGCUGAUACUUGAACACCUCAAGAAAUAGCACGGAGCAGUGACAGAGAGUGAUGCGGAUUCUUCAAGACCGGAGGGGGCCAUAACCCGUUACUGGAAAGCCUGUUGGACAAAACGAAUGGCAAAGUCACUUGAUCUAAUCGAGGUGCACAUUUCCCCUAACCUAGCUAGAUGUUCAACGUAGGCUAUAUAGGUUUAAGAUACCGUAUAUCUGAUCAGA